AUGGACCAGCCAGAGGACCCCAGCUCCAGUCUGUUCCCCACCAGAGGCUCAGACUCAGGCCCUGGUGCAAGGCCCCCAAGCUGGGCCUCACCAAAAGGCAGCCAGGUGGGGACCCCAGGAAUACAGCCUGGGCCUGGCAGUGUCUGCUGUCAUAGAGGCCAGUUCUGCUCCCGCUCGGGAAGAGAGGGAAAAGAAGGAAAGGGAGGAAAGGGGGUUCAGGGUCUCUUGGAAAUACCUCCCUCAGGGCAUGUGACCUGGCCUGGGGUAUGGAAGAACAGGAGCAGAGAGGGAGGUGCAGGGGAGGAAGGUGCCCCCCAGAGCUCAGGUCGGCGGUGGCCAGUGUCCACUUCACCCUCAGAGGGCGAAGAACACCAAGAUGCCCCGACCCGGGUCCGGGGACGUUGGAGGGCAAAGUCUGGGGUCACUCCCCGUUGCCCCCUUCCCCCACCCCAUGGAUCCAGCUUGGCCCGGGGCUCCCUGAGGCCCUGCCCGCGGUGGGUUCUCAAACGCCAGAGUCGGGGGUGGGCGGGGGUCACCCGAGGGCCGCUCCCAGAUGACCCACGCCCGCCCGUCUCCAGCACCGGGCUGCGCCUCGCGGUGGCCCGCGAGCUGCUCCUGGCUGCGCUGGAGGAACUGAGCCAAGAGCAGCUGAAGCGCUUCCGCCACAAGCUGCGCGACGUGGGCCCGGACCGACGCAGCAUCCCGUGGGGGCGGCUGGAGCGCGCGGACGCCGUGGACCUCGCGGAGCAGCUGGCCCAGUUCUAUGGCCCGGAGCCUGCGCUGGAGGUGGCCCGCAAGACCCUCAAGAGGGCGGACGCGCGCGACGUGGCGGCGCAGCUCAAGGAGCAGCGACUGCGGCGGCUCGGGCUCGGCUCCGCGGCGCUGCUCUCCGUGUCCGAGUACAAGAAGAAGUACCGGGAGCACGUGCUGCAGCUGCACGCCCGGGUGAAGGAGAGGAACGCCCGCUCCGUGAAGAUCACCAAGCGCUUCACCAAGCUGCUCAUCGCGCCCGAGAGCGCCGCCCCGGAGGAGGAGACGCUGGGGCCUACGGAGGAGCCUGAGCCGGGGCGCGCGCGGCGCUCGGACACGCACACUUUCAACCGCCUCUUCCGCGGCGACGAGGACGGCCGGCGGCCGCUGACCGUGGUGCUGCAGGGCCCGGCGGGCAUCGGCAAGACCAUGGCGGCCAAAAAGAUCCUGUACGACUGGGCGGCGGGCAAGCUGUACCAGGGCCAGGUGGACUUCGCCUUCUUCAUGCCCUGCGGCGAGCUGCUGGAGCGGCCCGGCACGCGCAGCCUGGCUGACCUGAUCCUGGACCAGUGCCCCGACCGCGGCGCGCCGGUGCCGCAGAUGCUGGCCCAGCCGCAGCGGCUGCUCUUCAUCCUGGACGGCGCGGACGAGCUGCCGGCGCUGGAGGGCCCUGAGGCCGCGCCCUGCACAGACCCCUUCGAGGCGGCGAGUGGCGCGCGGGUGCUGGGCGGGCUGCUGAGUAAGGCGCUGCUGCCCACGGCCCUCCUGCUCGUGACCACGCGCGCCGCGGCCCCCGGGAGGCUGCAGGGCCGCCUGUGUUCCCCGCAGUGCGCCGAGGUGCGCGGCUUCUCUGACAAGGACAAGAAGAAGUAUUUCUACAAGUUCUUCCAGGACGAGAGGAGGGCCGAGCGCGCCUACCGCUUCGUGAAGGAGAACGAAACGCUGUUCGCGCUGUGCUUCGUGCCCUUCGUGUGCUGGAUCGUGUGCACCGUGCUGCGCCAGCAGCUGGAGCUCGGCCGGGACCUGUCGCGCACGUCCAAGACCACCACGUCCGUGUACCUGCUUUUCAUCGCCAGCGUGCUGAGCUCGGCUCCGGUAGCCGACGGGCCCCGGGUGCAGGGCGACCUGCGCAAUCUGUGCCGCCUGGCCCGCGAGGGCGUCCUCGGACGCAGGGCGCAGUUUGCCGAGAAGCAACUGGAGCAACUGGAGCUUCGUGGCUCCAAAGUCCAGACGCUGUUUCUCAACAAAAAGGAGCUGCCUGGCGUGCUGGAGACGGAGGUCACCUACCAGUUCAUCGACCAGAGCUUCCAGGAGUUCCUCGCGGCACUGUCCUACCUGCUGGAGGACGAGGGGGUGCCCAGGACCGCGGCUGGCGGCGUUGGGACACUCCUGCGUGGGGACUCCCAGCCGCACAGCCACUUGGUGCUCACCACGCGCUUCCUCUUCGGACUGCUGAGCGCGGAGCGGAUGCGCGACAUCGAGCGCCACUUCGGCUGCGUGGUCUCAGAGCGUGUGAAGCAGGAGGCCCUGCGGUGGGUGCAGGGACAGGGGCAGGGCUGCCCCGGAGUGGCACCAGAGGUGACCGAGGAGACCAAAGGGCUCGAGGACACGGAAGAGCCAGAGGAGGAGGAGGAGGGAGAGGAGCCCAACUACCCCCUGGAGUUGCUGUACUGCCUGUACGAGACGCAGGAGGACGCGUUUGUGCGCCAAGCCCUGUGCCAGCUCCCGGAGCUGGCGCUGCAGGGAGUGCGCUUCUGCCGCAUGGACGUGGCUGUUCUGAGCUACUGCGUGAGGUGCUGCCCUGCCGGACAGGCACUGCGGCUGAUCAGCUGCAGACUGGUUGCUGCACAGGAGAAGAAGAAGAAGAGCCUGGGGAAGCGGCUGCAGGCCAGCCUGGGUGGCAGCAGUUCUCGAGGCACCACAAAACAACUGCCAGCCUCCCUUCUUCAUCCACUCUUUCAGACAAUGACUGACCCGCUGUGCCGUCUGACCAGCCUCACGCUGUCCCACUGCAAAGUCCCUGACGCAGUCUGCCGAGACCUCUCUGAGGCCCUGAGGGCAGCUCCGGCACUGACAGAGCUGGGUCUCCUCCACAACAGGCUCAGUGAGGCAGGACUGCGUAUGCUGAGUGAGGGCCUAGCCUGGCCCCAGUGCAGGGUGCAGACGGUCAGGGUACAGCUGCCCAGCUCCCAGCAAGGGCUCCAGUACCUGGUGGGUAUGCUUCGGCAGAGCCCCGCCCUGACCACCCUGGAUCUCAGCGGCUGCCAACUGCCUGCCCCCAUGGUGACCUACCUGUGUGCAAUCCUACAGCACCAGGGAUGCGGCCUGCAGACCCUCAGGCUGACCUCUGUGGAGCUGAGUGAGCAGUCACUACAGGAGCUUCAGGCUGUGAAGAGAGCAAAGCCGGAUCUGGUCAUCGCACACCCAGUGCUGGACGGCCACCCAGAAUCUCCCAAGGAACUCGUCUCAACCUUCUGAGGCACUGGUGGCCACAGCAGGGUGGAAGACCCUAGUCAAAGUCCCUAUGGAGAGAACGACCCAUUCCAAGGGCGGGAGGACAUUGCUCUCAGCCUCUGGGAAACUUCUGAGCUGAGAGGCCCCGGACAGGCAUGUGGGAGGCCCAGACAUGGCACCCUGCCCCGUCCAGGACAGGUCCAGGAUCUGCCCCUCUCUCCAUACUCUGGAGGACUCCUUCUCCCCCGGCCUCACCACUACUGCACCCACCUUCCUCUCCUGGGCCCCUCCAGCCAUUCCCCUUGAAGACACCCCCCAACCAACCCAAGCCACAAUAAUGAUGGUGAGAGCUCCUACCUGGGGCACAAUGACCCUUCUCUGCCCAACCCCCAUCUGCAGUGUGGCCCAGCAGCCCCCAGGACUGUGCCCCUGUAGACCGAAGGUAGGCAGGUCACCGUCCCUCCCUGUUAGGAAUGAGACCAUCCCUGAGGCUGUGGCCCAGGCCCAGAGGUGUCCAGGGUCUGAGAUCUUUGGGAAGGGAGACUAGGGCAGGGUAGAGACAGAGCAGAACCCCCGUGCUGGGUGGGGGGCAUGACCACAUGGCGGGUGAGCAGCUCCCAUGCACUGAUGAUAAAUUCUCCUGUGCACUCAUUUCUGUUGGCUUCUAUUACACCUGGCCAGGCAUGGUGCAAUCCAGGUCGAUGCUCACAGUCUUUCCAGCAUCCCACUUUGACAGGGCAGGAUGGUGGCCCCCAGUUCCUCAAUGAGGAAAGUGAGUCUCAGGGGGCAGGCUGACUGCAGAAAGCGCUGUGACAAGGGCCUUGAUGGACAGGACCAGCAGCGGACAGUCCUUGAAUCCUGGUGUCUUCUCUGCUCAACCCUACUGGGCUGCUGAGACUCCAGUUGAGUGGGGAGGUGGGGGAGACUCUAGAUUCAGCCCCAUCACUUCCGAGGGGAAAUCUCCUACUAUAAUCCACUUUCAAACUCCAUUUCUUCAUAUCACAAAACACAAAAAAACCCUGUCCUCCUAGACUUGGCAUUCUAGGUAGGAAGACAAACAUCUACAUGAUACAUAGUAUAAUACUAUAUAUAUAUAUCUAUGCUACAUACACAACACAUAUGUAUGUGAUACACAGCGCAAUAGCACAAAUACUAUUAUAUUAUUUAUACUAGUAUUUAUUUAGUAUUAUACUAAAAUAUACGUAUACGUGUGCCAGGUGUGGUGGCAUGUGCCUGUCGUCCCGGAUACUCAGGAGGCUGAGGCAGGAGUUCGAGGCUUGAGCCUAGAGUUCGAGGAUGCAGUGAGCUAUUAGGUUGGUUGGAAAGUAAGCAAAAACCGCAAUCACUUCUGCAACAACCUAAUCUGAUUUUGCUGCUGUACUCUGGCGUGGGCCACAGAAAGAGACCCCAUCUCUAACAAGUAAAUAAAUGUGUCUCUGAUACAUAAAUACACACCACAAUCAAUAGGCCUAUGAUGCCUAAACAAGUAACGAUGUAAUAAAGAUGCACAGGUAGGGCUGAUAAAUGCUGCGGAGGAAAGUAAGGCAGAGCCUGGGACUGGUGGGAAUGGAGCCAGGGUUUCCUGUUGCAUGAAAGGGGGGUCUGAGGAAGUCUCAUUGAGGACUGGCCAUUUGAAACCCCAAAGGAGUGAGGGGCAAGCCCCGAAGAGGUCUUGAGAAAAAGUGCUUCAGACAAUGAUGCUGCCAGAGCAGCCAGGCAGGGGAGUGUGCUUGGAAAGUUCUAGAAGCAGCAAGGAAGCCAGGUAGCCGCAGUGGGGUAGGGGAAGGCGGCAGCGGCAGCGGCAGCGGGGAGAUGAGGUCAGGGAACCAAGGCAGGUGCAGGAGAGGGUUUGCGGGUGGAGAUUGUUGUAUGAGGAGCGCUUCUGGCCCAUCCUCAGGGAGUUGGGUGCCAUGACUGCCUUCUAGGCAGAGUGCAGGGUCUGCCUUAAAUGUUGGGGGUGGAGGUGGUCUGUUCACAACACUCCAGGAGGAGGUGUGGGCGGGUGGAGGUGGAGCCACAGGACCUGUCCGUGGGUUGCAUGGAGUGUGGGUGAAGACGGGCAGAGGUAAACCAGGGUUCUUGGCCUGGGCAGCAGGACGGGUGCAGUUAUCCUCACCUGUGCUGGGAAGGCUGUGGGAGCAGCAGGCUUCCGAGCAUGUGUUGGGCUCCGGUAUCUCUGGCUGCACCCAGUGGUCAGGACAGGGACAUGAGGGCCGGGUCAGGGAGCGUGAGAUACAGGGACAAGCCGGCCCAGGGCUGAGCCCAGCAGUGUCCAGGUGGGCGGUGGCGUUGAGAUGGGAAUUGGGAACUGCACGGGUGGUUGCAGGAGGAUGGAAAAACCCAAACAACAGCUAGAACAGGACCGAGGCAAAGGAACCGCAGGACAACAGAAAACCCCAAAUGAGGGCGAGAAAAUGGCCAAAACCCCGUGCGAGGGACACGUCCAUGACCCUCCCGGCAAAAACCCAAACGAGGGAGAAAGGAGGCAGUCACGGCGGGGGCCGGGGUGUCCCUGAAAUCCCCUUCUUUUCCAGAAUCCCUAGAGAUUAUUCCGCCCCCAAGGAGGAGACCCAAGCUCCGCGGAGCGCGGCGGGUCUGCGCCUCCGCUUCGCCUCCUGCCUCUCGCUUCCUCCGACCCCACCCUGAGUUCUUUCCCCUGACGGUGUCGAGAACCCGGGCGCCGGCUGGGGCUGGGGUCUCACUGGCAUCGGAGCCCCCCGAGUCCCCCGGCGGCAGCGAGGCGAAGACCCGGGUGGAGGCGGC